GCAGCAGCAGAUUCCGUCAGACUUCAUCCGCUCGGCUCAGGAAGAGAAAUCAGCCAUCUCUCAGAUCACUGCAAAUAUCACAGGCUUUAAAUCCAGAAAUCACAUUAAGCCUGGGAGGAAUACCGCGAUCUACGGGAACAGGCAUUACAGUCCUGCUGAGGGGAUGUUCAGUCUUGCAUCGUAAGGAAGAUCGCCUUGCCCACCUGACAAAUGAGGAUGACUCAUUGUACAGGGAUCAUGAGGGCUGCGCUUUCGUGAGAUAUCAAAGGAUUCUGGUAAUGUGCCAUGGGGUACGACGUCACCAGGUUCCAAGGAGAGGUGGACGAGGAUCUGUUAUGUCCCAUCUGCAGCGGGGUGCUGGAGGAGCCAGUGCAGGCCCCGCAUUGUGAGCAUGCUUUCUGUAACGCCUGCAUCACACAGUGGUUUGCACAGCAGCAGAUCUGCCCUGUGGACCGCUCCGUGGUGACUCUUGCCCAUCUUCGACCCGUUCCCCGAAUCAUGCGUAACAUGCUUUCCAAGCUGCAGAUCUCCUGUGAUAACGCCGGCUUCGGCUGCACAGCCACCCUUCGGCUCGACCAGCUGCAGUCACAUCUCAAGGACUGCGAGCACAACCCUAAACGACCCGUCACGUGUGAAGAAGGCUGCGGGCUAGAAAUGCCCAAAGAUGAGAUGCCCAAUCACAACUGUAUUAAGCACCUACGCAGCGUGGUGCAGCAACAGCAAACCAAGAUUGCAGAUCUAGAGAAGACUGCAGCUGAGCACAAGCACCAACUUGCAGAACAGAAACGUGACAUCCAGCUCCUGAAAGCUUAUAUGCGAGCGAUACGAAGCGCUAACCCUAACAUAUAUAUAUAUAUAUAUAUGUGGGUGAACUCUCUCCAGCCCGCUCGCGUGACCCGCUGGGGAGGAAUGAUCUCCACACCCGACGCCGUCCUCCAGGCCGUCAUCAAACGAUCGCUCAUAGACAGUGGAUGCCCGUUGUCGAUCGUUAAUGACCUCAUCGAGAACGCCCACGAGCGUAACUGGCCCCAAGGCUUGGCCACGCUGGAGACGCGGCAGAUGAACCGCCGAUAUUACGAAAACUAUGUGGCCAAGCGCAUUCCGGGUAAGCAGGCCGUGGUGGUGAUGGCCUGCGAGAACCAGCACAUGGGUGAAGAUAUGAUUCUGGAGCCGGGGUUGGUUAUGAUCUUCGCUCAUGGCGUUGAGGAGAUCUUAUAGUCUGUACAUAGGUGGGUGCCAAUGAUGAAAAGCAGAAAGGGGUUUACAGAGACUGAAUUGAUUUCCCCCCUCUAAAAAAUUCUCAGUUCAUCCCAC